UUGAAGAUGAUUCCUUAUCUCCAGAAGCAUUGGGCUUGAGCAUGGAAUUUCAGGAGCCAUUUUACAAAGACCUAGAGAUGGCUGAUACCUUAUCAGAUGAUGAGGAUGAUGAUUGGGGUGGGAGCUAUCACCACCCUGCCCUUGAAAAAGCCCGUAAGUCCAGAUUUGCCAGCAUGUCACCUUGUAGCCCGCAUGAUUCUUUAUAUCACAACACAGCCAGACAGUUGGGAAUUGAGGCAUUUGCUCCCUGCCUCCAUCCCAGCGACUUGUAUGUUUCCUGCAGAGCUCAUGACAAGGCACCUGAAAGUUGUGCUCUUCAUGAAGAAUCCAUAGGAGACAGGGAGUAUCCAUCUCUGCAGUUGAGCUACGAAGAACUCAAAGAGGAGAAUUCCAUGCUCAGGAGGAAGAUCAAAAGUAUCCAUAGCUUCUCAGAAAGUCAGACACGCAUGGUGAGAAACCUGGAGAGAAGACUGAGAGCCAGUGUGGUCAAAGAGGAGAAAGAGGCUCAGGGUUUAGAAUCCGUUGUCCAGCAGGCAGAACGGAAUCUGCUGGGGAUGACCCAGCGGGCCCUGAAGGCAGAAAGUAAGGCUGCAAAGCUGAAGCAGGAGGUGUCUCUUCUCCAGGUGGAGCUGGAGAGUUUCAAGACAGAGAAUGACAUGCUGCGUGCAGGCCAGUCUGCCAGCCUGGGGGCAGUGCAACAAAAUGUAGACGUUGCCUUGCAGAAUCUCCACCGGGUUAUAGCCAACGCACACUUGUCAAUCAAACAGCUGGUCUCGGGAACGGAAAUGCUGCAUUUUGUGGCUGACCUCCUGAAAUCCAUAGACAAGAUUUCCGAAGUCAAAAAGGAAGAUGAUGGAUGA